AAAGAGACGUGGUGAAGGACAGAGAAAGGACAACAUGGAAGACGGCACCUCUCCAGGGGUCUCCAGAGGUGCGACACUGGCUGCGCUGACACAGGGGCAGGGGUGAGCAGGCCCCUGAGAGCCACCUCUGCUGACCCUUCCGAGGACAGUCGCCGCCAGCCCUGCUGACCUGUGCCUCGGACAGCUGUUCUCAGUGAAGGACCCUGUGCCCGCCCCUGAGCAGCGACCAUGGGCCUGCUCGCCUACCUGAAGACCCAGUUUGUGGUGCACCUGCUCAUUGGCUUCGUUUUCGUGGUGAGCGGCCUGAUCAUCAACUUCACCCAGCUGUGCUCGCUGGCGCUCUGGCCCAUCAGCAAGCAGCUGUACCGCCGCAUCAACUGCCGCCUGGCCUACUCGCUCUGGAGCCAGCUGGUCAUGCUGCUGGAGUGGUGGUCGUGCACUGAGUGCACCCUCUUCACCGACCACGACACCGUGAGCCACUUUGGAAAGGAGCACGUGGUCAUCAUCCUCAACCACAACUUCGAGAUCGACUUUCUGUGCGGGUGGACCAUGUGUGAGCGCUUUGGUGUGCUAGGGAGCUCCAAAGUGCUGGCCAAGAAGGAGCUGCUGUACGUGCCCCUCAUCGGCUGGACGUGGUACUUCCUGGAGAUCGUGUUCUGCAAGCGGAAGUGGGAGGAAGACCGCGACACCGUCGUGGAGGGGCUGAGGCGCCUGGCUGACUACCCGGAGUACAUGUGGUUCCUUCUGUACUGCGAAGGGACGCGCUUCACCGAGACCAAGCACCGGGUCAGCAUGGAGGUGGCAAUCUCCAAGGGGCUGCCUCCGCUCAAGCACCACCUGCUGCCGCGCACCAAGGGCUUCACCACGGCCGUGCAGUGCCUGCGCGGCACAGUCGCCGCGAUCUACGACGUGACGCUGAACUUCCGCGGGAACAAGACCCCGUCUCUGCUGGGCAUCCUCUAUGGGAAGAAGUACAUGGCAGACAUGUGCGUGAGGAGGUUCCCCCUGGAGGACAUCCCAGUGGAUGAGAAGGGCGCUGCGCAGUGGCUGCACAAGCUGUACCAGGAGAAGGACGCGUUGCAGGAGAUGUACAAGGAGAAGGGUGUGUUCCCCGGGGAGCAGAUCAAACCGGCGCGCCGGCUGUGGACCCUUCUGAACUUCCUCUGCUGGGCUGCGGUCCUCCUCUCCCUCCUCUUCAGCUUUGUCCUGGGCAUCUUUGCCAGUGGAUCCCCGCUGCUGAUCCUGACGUUCCUGGGGUUCGUGGGUGCAGCUUCCUUCGGACUCCGAAGACUGAUCGGAGUCACGGAAAUAGAGAAAGGCUCCAGCUAUGGAAACCAAGAAUUGAAGAAAAAGGAAUAAUUAAUGGCUGUGAUUGAACACACAUAACCUGACGCGGUAUCUGAUUAACUCAAUUAAAACAACACACACAGAGCGAGGGGAGAGAGACACUUAGAAACUAUUUUUCUUAUUAACUGGUGACUAAUAUUAACAAAUAAAACUUGAGCCAAGAGCAGAGAUCUCAGAAGGCCCGCCCGGUGAAGACAAGUCAGCGUGCACACGCCGGCCCCCUCCGCCCAGCACGGGAAGAGCCGGGCGUGGAGGGGGCGGCCGGGCGGGGAGCCGGGGGCCCCGGCGCCAGCUCUGGCCCGCACUGCUUCCAGGAUGGAGCCUCGGGCUGCUUUCUCUUCUGCUGCUUAGAUGGAGGCUUUCGUUUUCAGUCAGUUAGCGUCAGGAAUUGAACCUGGCCUCUUACCUCUUGCCCUGUGCCCCCAGAAUGCCAGCUCUCCAAGAAUCCCGCUCCGGGCGUGGGCCACGGGUCCUUGAGAGCUCGCUUGGCUUCCAGCCUGGGGGGUGUGGGGGGGACACCGAGGUGAUAAGCACACGUGGACGUCAAUCAGCCUGACCCGCAGGCCCCGCCCACCGCCCCACCCACCGCCGCCUCCCCAGCGCUCUCCGCCCCGCCCCCUUAGCCUGUGUGUAAAGACCUUGAAUUUAUUUUUAAAGUGAAUGGCCCCAA